GUCGGUAUUGAUCUAGGGAAUACUUUUUCCAGCGUUAGCGUUUGGCGUGAAGAUAACGUUAUUAUCAUCCCCAACGAUUACAGUAAUCGUAUAACACCAUCAUACGUUGCUUUCACUGAGUCAGAAAUACUUGUUGGAGAUGCGGCAAAGAUUCAAUCUAUUUCAAAUUGUAGAAAUACUGUUUUUGACAUUCACCGUCUUAUUGGUCGUGAUUUCGAUCAUUAUGAUAUACAAUAUGGCAUGAAGUAUUGGCCAUUCAAUAUCGUAAAAAAAAAUAAUGAAAUACGUAUUUGUGUAAAUUAUAAAUGGGUAGACAGAGAGUACACACCCGAGGAAAUUUUAUCUUUCCUAUUAAAUAAAAUGAAAAAAACCGCGGAAACCUUUCUAGGAGUACAUGUUAAAAAGGUAGUGGUUGCGUUGCCAAUAGAUUUCAAUAUUUCUCAAUAUGAAGCUGUAAAGAAAGCUGCUUUGUUAGCUAGGUUGAACAUAAUUCGUAUCGUUAAUUCUCCAACAGCCGCCGCUAUUACAUAUGGGUUGAGAAUGAAAGUUACCGAGAAACAAAAUAUUCUUGUUUUUGAUUUUGGUGGUGGUACUUGUAGCGCUUCUCUCAUAACUUUAGAUAAAGGAAUUUUUAAAGUAAAAGCCGUUGUUGGUAACAACAAUAUUGGUGGAAGAGACUUAGAUGAUCGUCUAGUAAAUCAUUUCGCGCAAAAAUACAAAAAGAAAAAUAGACAAAGCCAAUCCAUGGGUGAUCUUUGUCGUUUAAGAACAAAUUGUGAACGUGCAAAGAUAAUUCUUUCGAAUUUUGAUCACGUUCAUAUCGAUUCAUUUCUCUAUGACAUCGAAAAAAAUAAUUUUAAUAAAACCACGUACCGUGACGAAUUCGAAAAAUUGAAUGAUGAUUUAUUUUAUUCUGUAAUGAAACUUAUUAAAAAAGUAAUUGAUGAUGCAAAGAUAAUCAAAAGUCAAGUUCAUGAAAUUGUUUUGGUUGGUGGCUCAACACGUAUUCCGAUAAUUCAAGAUAUGAUAAAAAAAUUAUUUAAUGGAAAAGAUUUAAUUGUAUCUAUUAAUCCUGAUGAGGCAGCUGCUCAUGGUGCUGCCGUACAAGCUACUAUUUUAUCUGGAAACACUUCUGAAAGAAUAAAAGAUAUUCUCAUUCACGAUGUUAAUGCUUCACCUUUUAAUAUAAUGACUUCUGAUGAUGUAAUAACUCCGUUUAUUGAACGUAAUACAGUAAUACCCAUCAAAAAGUCCAAAACUUUCAAAAUUCGAAUCAAUGGUUCUCGUCAAACGAAUAUCUCUAACUAUUUAGAUCGUACUCCCGACAAAAGAGCUGUACCAAUCAAAAUAUACGAAGGCGAAAGUUAUCAUUGUUUAAUCGGAGAAUUUGAAUUGCCAAUUUCUCGAAAUACUACAGAUAUUGAAGUCACCUUCGAUCUCAGUUUCAACUUUAAAUUAAAAGUAUGCAUGUUGGCAGCACAUUUUUAUUACCAAAUUUUGAAAUUAAUUGACUUUUUAUUAAAUUAUAGGUUUCUGCUGUUGAUAAUCAACGUAGAAUAA